AUUAUUAGAUAUGGUAAAGUUGCUAUCCAAAUCACCAGUGGCAUUAAAUAGUCCAACUUUGUAACAAUGGGACAACAGUUUCAGAGAGAAUUAUGAGAUGUAUUAAACAGAGAUUGACAAGAAUACCUAUGCAUUGUAGAGAAGCAUAAGGGGGUUCUGGAUAUUCGGAAAGGCAUUCUACCCUGCUUUGACUCAACACUACAGUCAGAAAUUGGAGCUAUAUCAAUUGAAGUAGCAAUUAGGAAAGGUAUAAAGUGGUAUUAUUUACAUUUCAGAUCGAAUAAUCAGAGGUGAAUUUGUACAAGACAGUUGACCCAAGCAUCAGCACCGUAUUGAAUAAGACAUUCAGUACUCAAUGGCUUUGGUGGAAUCUCUAAGACAUAUCCAUUACAGCUGGGCUACAAGUGUAUGCUCAAUUGUUUAAUUUUGGAUACUCAUGGCGAUUCGGAUUCUUGGUUCUACCAUAUUGUGCCAGAGUAAGAAAUCCCUUAACUCCUAGGUCUUCUAUGACUACGCAACUUCAUAUUAAAAUAAGUCGAGGGCAGUCGAAUUUCUGAACUGGGCAAUUCAAUACAGAAAGGCAAAGAGCCAGAUCGAAAGGGGCAGCUUGGAUCCACAAGUGGUGGAGAGAUAUUAGGCUCUCUUUGGAAGUGUGAAGAAGGGACCACUCUAAGUGUAUGCAGACGUAGUUGAAUUGGCUACUCAACAAAACCCCAAUUUGUGAU